UGUACAUGGGUUUUUCUUGACGCUGGUCACUUGUUGAGCGGAGUGCACACACAGGAAACCCCGCAGUAAUAAUCUCAUUUUGCAAAGAUACUAUCGCUUCAGUGAGGGACCUGUUUAAUAUCAGUUUUUAGCAGAAACAUUUUUCAUCUAACAGCACUCUUUAUUUUUUUUCCUUGAGUGUUUUUUAAAAAAGAAAAGAAAGAAACGCCCAAACAGGCUGAAGUAUUGAUCUGGACUGAAAACCUCAAAGGGCGCUAACAAGUGGAUUUAUCAUGUCUGGCGAAGAGGCUCCAACUCAGCAGCAGCAACCUGAGCAGGAGAAGAAGCCCGAGGAGCCUCCUCCUCCGGCGGCGGCUGCAGGAGCACCGCAGGAGUCAGGGAGCAGCAGCCCUGCAGCCGAGCAGAAGCCCCUCUCCUACCGGGCUCUGGUGCUGACGGGGCACGGGGGCUAUGAUAAAGUCAAGCUGCAGGUGAAGACGCAGAAGCAGCCGCAGCUGGCUGCUGACGAGGUCCUGGUGCGCGUCAAGGCGUGCGGGCUGAACUUCUCCGAGCUGCUGGGCAGACAGGGGCUGUACGAGCUGCUGCCAGCCCCUCCUGUCACGAUGGGAAUGGAGGGCUCCGGGGUCAUUGAAGCGGUCGGGGGAGAUGUGAAGGACCGGAAGGUGGGUGAUCGAGUCAUCGUGAUGGCCCGCAAUGGCCUGUGGCAGGAAGUGGUCGUUGCGUCCGCCAGCCGUACCUUCCCCAUGCCCGAGCAGAUGAGCUUUGAAGAAGGUGCCGCUAUCCCCGUUAACUACAUAACCGCCUACAUGAUGCUAUUUGAUAUGGCCAACGUGAGGCCGGGCAAGAGCAUCCUUGUUCAUAUGGCAGCAGGUGGUGUUGGUAUGGCUGUUACCCAGCUGUGUCAGACUGUGCCAGAUGUGACCAUUUUUGGCACAGCGUCGGCCUCUAAACACGAGACCAUCACCCAAAGUGGGGUAUCUCACCCCAUCGACUACCGCACCAAAGACUACGUGGAGGAAAUCCGCAAAAUCAGCCCGAAAGGAGUGGACAUCGUCCUUGACCCCCUCGGUGGUUCAGACACUCAGAAAGGCUUCAAUUUGUUGAAACCUUUGGGCACGCUUAUAGUCUUUGGUGUGUCUAAUAUGGUGACGGGCCACAAGAAGAACCUGUUGGCCAUGGCGAAGACCUGGUACAACCAGCUCUCCCUCUCUGCGCUCAAACUGAUGCAGGCCAACAAGGCCGUCUGUGGCUUUCAUCUGGGCUACAUCACUGACGAGGAGCUCAUCAGCAGGACGAUGUUCAAGCUGCUGGAGCUCUACGGGCAGGGCAAGAUCAAGCCCCGCAUCGACUCAUGCUUCCACUUUGAGGAGGUGACUGAUGCCAUGAGGCGCAUGCACGAACGCCAAAACAUCGGGAAAGUCAUCCUUCUCCCCGAGCAGAAGAAGGUGGAGGAGAAGCCAAAGUCCGACCCUGAGCCGGUAGAAAAUGUGGAAAAAACUGAAGCUGCCGUCAGUGAGAAGAAAGAAGAGACCACAGAGGAAGUUAAAGCUGAGGAUUGAGUAAGAGUGUUUAUUUGAAUGAUAUUUUCAAGCACUUCCUGAAUGAGUUCCCGAUUGAGAGGAAAAGCGAAAUUGUUUGACUUUGUCAGUAUUUUCAAAUGUUUAUGAAGAUUUUGUUGUGCAAUAUGUCCUUAGUGUAGUGUCUAUGUUGGGAAUACUUGUGUUUUAAAUGGAAAUUAACUGUAUUCUGUCACAUUAUAUGAUGAAUAAUGUAUGAUGAUUACAGAUGGUGGUUAAAAAUGACUAAAUUAAGGUGCACAACAGCUCAGCAAGUCUGACAUGAUAUUUGUAACAACAAACCACGGCCGGCAUGUAUGAAACUUCGAAGAAAUUGUCCCCAAAAAAUGGUCCUAUACAUUGAUUUAUGAGUAAAAAUUGUAAGUAUAAAGAAAGACGCAGAAGCUUUGUUCAAAAGAACUGAAAAUAAUCAAACACAUCAGUCAUCAUGGCUAGGUUAUGAUUUAAUUACUCAUGCACUGUAGUCAGCAUGAUAUGUGCUUUACUAUGUGAGUCAUUGAAGAAGAAAGCUUAUUUAUUCGGGAAAAAAUCCCCCACAACUCUUUAUAUAUUAUGCAUAGAAAUCCCAAAUUAGUUAAAGAAGGACAUAGUAAAUAUUUCAAUAAUUUGAUUCAAUUAUAUGCCUAAUUGUGUUGCAAUGUUUCUAAUUAAUUUAGCAACUGAUGCAAGAUUCUUACCAACUUAAUGCACAUUAUGCAUUCUGCCAUUAAGGGUUCUCUCAAUCAAAGUAACAACCAAAACAAAUACAAUCAUGGAAAAAAAUAUUAGACCACCAUUGUUUUCUUCAAUUUCUUGUUCAUUUUAAUGCCUGGUACAACUAAAGGUACAUUUGUUUGGACAAAUAAAAUGAUAACAACACAAAUAGGUGAUAAGUGUUUAAUUUAAGAGCUAAUAUCUUGCCAUUUUCCAUGGUUUUUGAUAAUUAUCAAAAAUAAUUAUCAAGAAAACCAUGGAAAAUGGCUAGGUAUCAGCUCUUUGUUUGACAGCUGUUUGUCCAAAAUGUACCUUUAGUUGUACCAGGCAUUAAAAUUAACAAGAAAUUGAAGAAAACAAAGGUCUAAUAAUUUUUCCCAUGACUGUAUAUAGUCCAGUGACGGCUGGUAGCACCUGCAGUCAGCUUCUCCCAGGUGAGAUUUCCUCAGUGCCCCUCGUUCAGGGAUUUUUAUCGGGAGCUGAAUUAUCCGCAGAAGUUUCCCCAUCUCCGAAACAAACAGACCAGUGAUUAACUUUUGCUCAGCUUCUUUCUCUGAUAACUCCAGAUUUUUUUGAUGAUUAUAAGCCUUCAUUUGGUUUAAAUAUAUUGUCCUAAAAAUGUGGUUUAAAACUGUAUAAAAAAGUUAAUGUAUGACUGCAAUUCAUGCUUCUGGCAAAAACCGAUUCAUGUGCAAAAGCCAUAGACGGGUAACAAAAUAAAAAUAGACCAUUAUCUUGAUUAAAACUAUGAUUUUAAUAUGACUUUAGGUUUGAAAAUUGUUGCAAAAAUUUAGGAUAAUGCACACAAUUUAACCGAAAAUAUAUAGACAAUAGGUGUAGUCGUUUCCAGAUGUUUCAAUAUAGAAAACUUGUAUAUAAUACCUUUUUAACUAUAGAAUAAGCGCAUUAUUUCCUCAUAUCUUGAAUUAGGCAUUUAAGUUGGGGUUCUUUUUUAAAGCAGCUUCAUACACACCAGCCCUGGUUCUGUCUGUAAAGUAAUCUGAAAUACAUUCCCUGAACUUUGUGUUUAUUUCAGUUUCUUUUUUUAAUCAGCAGCUAAAAUCUGGCAAAGUACUUUAAAUGUAAUCAGAAUACAUUACUGACUUUUCAUAAUUCUUUUGGGAUCCUUUCACAUAUUAUUUGAAGUCAUCAAAUUUAACAACCCAGCCCAGUUUUGUCAGUAAAUAUUUCUACUAGUGAUUGUUGUAGUUUGCAAAAAUUGACGAACGUUGUUUUGAUGGCCCAGGUCAGUGUUGUACUCUAGUAUAAAUUGUUAUUUUUCUCACAUAUUUGUGCCAAAUUUAAUGCCAGCUUCCACCACUGCCGUCAAGCCAACUGUGAAUAACAAUUAGCGGGACUUCCUUGCCUUGGCAGGUUGUUUUCUUCCAAACAGUGUUGUGCUGAAACUGUUUGGCGAGCCAUGAGAAGGCAGGUUUUCUUGCCUUAAUUGAUUUAGCUGCUUUAUUGCCUCCUUAAAAAAAAAAUCAAAAAAUAGUGCCAAGUUUACAGAACUACAGCACAGUAUGUGUCACUUCCUCUUAUAUAUACCGAAAACAUUAUGAAAAUGGGAAGCUUUGCUUUUAUGAACUUUGUAUUUCUGUGCUCGAUACAUAUUCAUUUUGCAGCUCUUACAGUAUAGUGAUAGAAUAUUAAGUGUCCAUUUUCUGCACGGUAAUCAUUUUUAUGAUUGUUUUAAAGCUUGCAUAUGCUUCUUGGAAUGUAUGACCUUAAAUAGUGGGCUUAGUAAUGCUGAUGUUUUGUCCAGCUGUGGGUGUAAUUCAAUGCUGUGACGCAGAAGACUCUACCGAAGCACAAGAGAAAGAGUUUUCCCUCCGUCCACACCAGAGCAGCUCCUCACAUUCCUCUCUCCACCCUCUCUGUCCUGCUUUCUGUCUCGCUCUGGAGCUGAACUCUCUCAGAAGCCUGCCUUGUUGUUUGGAGGGGAAAAAAAGGAACUUGUAACAAGGUUUCACAGAUAAUGCCUUUUGUUAUUUACAUUUGUGACAUUGUUUUUCUUUGGGCCACUUGGAUAAGUAUUGUUAAUUUUGGCCAGGUUUCCUUCUCCAAGUGUGACAUAAGACCUGAUGUGGAUUGUGAGUUGGAUCGGGACUCGGCCUACUGUGAUUAUGUGAAUUUUAAGUUGUUACCAAAAUCCCAGUGUGCUUUUAUGUAAAAAUGUUUAAUUAUUUUAAAUGGGGCUGCACAAUUGAGACAAAAUGCAAUUGUUUUUGAUGGAAUUGAUAUUUUUUGCAUUAUUUCUACUUUUUUUGCAUGAAUCUGUACCAAACAAAGAUUUUUUUCAAUAUGAUUUGUCGUGCCACAAUACUUAAUUCAUAUUUUAUUUUAUUUAUUCAUAUUUUGCCUUAAACAAAUAUUGAUUCCUCUGCAAUUUGGGAAUAGCACAAGUCCAUUUUGUGAUUUUGAUAAAAUUGUGCAACCCUACUUUCCGAUUCUGGGUUGUUGCUCUGCUUAUUUUUGAACUCACAAGCCUGGCCUUCACCAACAUGGUAGAUGGAAAUCUUACAAUUUAAAAAUAAUAAUGAUAAUCUUUAUUUAUAGAGCACUUUUCAAAACACAAGGUGUUUAUAAAGGUAGAAAAAUACUGUCAAGUAAUAACAUCAUCAAGCCUUAAAAGAAUAUGGAUUAAAAAAUAAGUUGGUCUAGAAAAAAAACAAAGUGUAGGAAACAGGAAAAGAAAAAACGUGUUUCAAAGGAAAUAUGUAAUUUUUAUGUUCAAGAAGUGGGAUCGAAAUCUUAUUUACAAGUGAAAAAAUGAAAUUAAAACAAGUAAUACUGGUAAUAGUAAUGACAAAUAAAAGUAUAAAAACAAAAUGGCAAAAAUGUAAAUAAACCUAAAUUAAGACAGCAGCUUGCAUAUCUCGUAAUGCAUUACAGUUCAAUGUGAUAUCAGUGACAGCCAGGAAAUAUAGCAACAAAACUACAGUGUGCUUUGCUGUCUAAAAUUUGAGUAAAAUCUAAGGUUCCUAUAAUAAUUUGGCAAAAAUGUGCAACUCGUACAGUAUUCAUUCAUGCAGCGAGGGACAUCUAGUGGUGAAAUUGUGCCUUUGAAUAACUAAAAUACUCUACAAUGUUGCCUGUGAGCAAAAUGUACUGCAGCCUGCUUUGUUUAAUGUAAAACAUAAUCUUAAUAACAAUUGAUCCUCAGUUCAACAAAUGUUUCUUAUACAUCAGUUCAGUUAUUAAAUUCUAAAAAUGUUUUCUAGUUAAAAAUAGAUAAAUAAUAUGCUUAUAAUCCAUUCAAAGAUUCUACAACAUAGUGUAGCACGCUAUAUGAAUCAUUCAAACAUUUGUACAUUUAAUUUUUAACAGUUGUGGUUAUGAUCAUUCUGUGUGCUGAGCCUGUUUAUCUCUCCACGUUGUUAUCAUUGAUGUUGAGCGCCAAACCAUUUUUAUGUCUCAAGUGAAAAGUUUGAUGUGUUUCUGCAUUCACGAUGGUGAUCAAACAAAGCUGCUUUUUUUCUCAUUUUUAUACAAACACUCUGCACACUUGCCUUCUGUGUUAAAUGGCACUAAUCGGUCUGUAUUAUUAAAGUGUUAUCACAUA